AUGGCGCUCUCAAAAUUAACCAUUUCCAUAUAUUUUCUGUCCGUCGUCCUUUUUGUGCAAAUGGGCGCUGGAGAUGACCCUCUCCAGCUUCUUGGAAUUGAUUGCAGAAAAUCAAACUACUUCCCCGCCGGCGCUGGGAGUAGAUACCACAAGAACUUGAACAUUCUCUUGAGUCGUCUUCAGAAUUGCAGAGCCUGCAUUGGCGCUGCAAUUGCAUGGAUUUUCGAAAAAUGUCCAUUAAAGAAGCGCGCAGUUGCCCUGUAUGAAUGUUGCGUUCUGAUUUACACGCACAAAAAUAUUUUCCACAAAAUCGGCGACACCACCUACUACAUUUACAGAACUCAAAAUGUAACCAGCCCGGCAUCAGCAGAAACUAUAACUGAGUUUCUGGAUCAUCUGACAGUAGAGGCUAUUGCAACCAAAACUUACUUUGCUAAAGGAGAAGUUAAGCUUGCAAAAUCAGAAAGUACACUCUAUGGACUGGUUCAGUGUGCCUCGGAUAUUUCUCCAGCUGAUUGCAAGACUUGCAUGGGUGAGUUGAUGGCCCGGAUUCCUGACUAUACUGGGAAAGGAGGUCAAUUCCUCAGUGCUACUUGCACCUUGCAGUACGAGUUCUAUAGGUUCUUCAAUGCUUAA